CGAACGGGCACAGAGAAAUAAAGGUGAGGCCGAUUUCUAGAGGCUUCUGGACCCUUGGUUCCUCAGAUCUCCGCUGCGAAUCUCUUUCUCUCAAUUUAGGCAAUUCUGAGACUCCAUUGCGGCCUCCAAAACCCUAGAAACUCCAUCUCUAUAUCCAUCAACGUCACUUCUCAGACAAACGACGCUGUUUCUUGUGCCCACACCAAUCUACUCACUUGAUUUCGCAGCAAUGUCUGGUCAGGGAGGAGUCUCGAUCAGCCGGAGCCGCAACGGCCACCGAUUCUACGACCCUCCCGCCGUGAGAAGAAAUCAACAGCAGCAACAGCAGCAGCAGCAGCAACAGCAGCAGCAGCAGCAGCAGCAGCAGAUGGUGCAUCGGCAACAGGUCCAGAAGCCGUUGAAGCACAAGGCUGCAGCCGAGCCGGAGAGCAGAACCGAGCCCGAUGAUUGCUCGUCAACGUGUUCGGUUUCUCACCAGGGACUCGGCGAUUCCACUAAUUUGGAUCGGUUCUUGGAGUACACCACUCCGGUGGUUCCGGCGCAGCACUUCCCCAAGACGAGCAUGAGGGGAUGGAGAAAUCAUCAAACAGAGUUUCAUCCAUACUUCAUCCUUGGGGACUUAUGGGAAUCGUUCAAGGAGUGGAGUGCAUAUGGAGCGGGAGUUCCUCUUUUGUUGAAUGGAAGUGAAUCCGUUGUGCAGUACUAUGUGCCUUACUUGUCUGGCAUUCAACUUUAUAUAGACCCAUCAAAGCCCUCCCCCAGGCUAAGGCGACCUGGUGAAGAGAGUGAUGCAGAAUCAUCCAGGGAAACAAGUAGUGACGGCAGUGCUGAUUAUGGAGUAGAAAGAGGUGCCAAUAGGGUUGCUCAGGGGCCUUGGAGCCAACAGAAACUAGCAGAUGUGAAUACCCAGAAUAUGAAUAGACUCUCUCUGAGAAAUAAACCCUUCAUGGGUUCACCAAGUGGUGAGGGCGAGGUUCCCAACCCUCCAGGUUUACUUUUGUUUCAGUACUUGGAGCAGGAUUCCCCAUAUGGUCGAGAACCUUUGGCUGAUAAGAUAUCAGUUCUUGCAUCUAAGUUUCCGGAACUAAGGACAUACAGAAGCUGUGAUCUAUUGCCUUCAAGUUGGGUUUCUGUGGCUUGGUACCCCAUUUAUAGGAUACCCAUGGGUCCAACUCUACAGAAUCUGGACGCCUGCUUCUUAACAUUUCAUUCCCUGUCAACACCCUUCCAAAGUUGUGAUAGAAUUUCCAUCUUGUUUGAGACAGGUGCAAACACUGAUUGGCUGGAUUUUCGUGGGUCAAGUGUUCAGGAGGUCCAUGGUGCUGGUAUGCCCUUCAAGCUGUCAUUAUCCAUCUUAGGGCUUGCUUUCUACAAGUUCAAAGUUUCUGUUUGGAAUCACAAUGGAGUCUGUGAAUGUCCAAAGGCCAAUUCUCUAUUGCGAGCUGCUGAUAAUUGGCUCAGAAGUUUGAAAGUUAAUCAUCCUGACUACCAGUUCUUUGUGUCCCACAAUUCAUAUUGGAGGUGAGAUAGGGAGAAUUUUUCCUAGUCAGACUCUGUUUCGUUUUUUUAGGAUGCAAAGGGAUCCAUACUAGUAGUUUUGGAAAAGAAGCCCAUUGCACAUAUGCAGCAAUUGUCCCCCAAUGUUUUAGAUUUUUGGUCAGUCAUAGAGCACUGUGUCUUCACAGCCUCAGGCCUACUAUAUAUGCCUUUUCCUUUUAUCUGGUGGCACGCCUUAUGUUGGAUUAAAGAAGUGCCAGAAAUGCUCUACUUCUUCACAUUCAUGAGGGCACGGUAGGCAGAAGGAUGAUGGCAAUGUAAUAAUAGUCAGUUAAUGGCUGUUGAGAUGUGCUGGGGAAGUGUUUUUAAGGUAAGAGGUGUGGAAUAUGUGAUAUUCCAGUGCAACUGGCAGGGCUUUCCAAUGAUAACGUGUAUGAAUGAUUUUGUGAAGCUAGGAGUUAGACUAUUAAGGUUGAUAAACUGAAAAUAUCAGUAAAUGCAGCUUGUUAAGCAGAGAUGGUGAUGAUGAUGAUGAAAAAUUGGGGAUAUUUUGUAUAUUUGAUAUGUUUGUCUAAUACUGUAAACUAGCAGCUUACAGAAUUUGACUGCCUUUUUUCCCAUAUGCUAAUGGUUGACAUGUAUACUAUUAGUCCUUUUUAGUUU